AUGGCGGUUCUUCUGGCAUCUCUUUUUUCGCUGGUCGCCGUCACACAGUUCACCACUGCCGAUAAGACCGCCGGCCACAAUGCUGGGCUGAAGGCGCUCAUUGCAGAAGCACCUCUAUCUCUGCAAGAAGCCACAGAGGAAUGGUUACUGCAAGAGGAGAUCCAAGAGUCGGACGACCAAGAGGCUCCUUCAGACCUUUCCAGCUUCAGAGCUAGCGUCGCUAGCGUGGCCAUAGUGAACUUCCAGAUUCCGAGCCUCACUGAACUACCGACGCCAGUGCCGGAUAUUCUUGUCCUGCUGGUGAUGUGCGCAGGCUUCGGGCUAACCUGCAGGGUGCGGCGUAUUAUCCGCACAUUCGCGAGCUUCGCGAGCCAGGAGGAGGCCAAGCCCGAGGUGGAGGUAGAAGGCACCGAUGCCUUUGGCUGCACAAAGCUCCACGUAGCGGCACAUGCAGGUUCGCUAGAGGAUGCCCGUUGCUUGCUUCAGAAGGGGGCAAAUCCAAAUGCCCAAGAGGCGUGGGAUGAGACUCCUCUUCACAUGGCCGCCCGUGCUGGGCAUCUGCAAAUCGCAAUGCUUCUCGUUACACAUGGUGCGGGAGUCAACGUACGCAACACAGAUGAUGAAACCCCCUUGGUUGUGGGUGCACGUGCAGGGAAGCACGAUUUGUGCUCCUAUCUGCUUGAGAUGGGGGCGGGCACUGGCGGUCUGGAGGAAGAAAAGCUUCCUUGCUUGCUCAGCAACCUGCUUUUGCAACGCAUGUUCAUGAUGGGUGGAGCUAACAAGGACAAGGCGAAUUCCGCGUGA